GAGGCGGAGGCGAUCAGCGAUUCGAUCUUGAAGUUCCUGCCGCUCUACGAGCAGAUGAUUAAAUUGUCCGUGCCUCGCAGCUGCCCACGCUACAAGGUCAUUCCGAAGAUACACGUGCUCCUGCAUAUCGCGGAAGAUGUUGUCGAGACUCGCUUGAACUACAGGCAUUAUCAUUGUUUCAUCGACGAGGACGUCAUCGGCCAGCUCAAGGACCUCACGGUUAAGCUUCCCAAGGUCGGCUUAGGGUAUUGCCUGCUCAGUCGCUGGCUGCUCCGGCUCGGCGCUUCGAAGCCGAUUCGCUGGUGGCGCAAA